AUGGCCACGGCGCCGGUUCGGGUCAUGACACUGAACCUAUCUCAUAAUGGCUUGGAAGGUGUUAUACCGGCAUCAUUGCACCAAUUAUCUGUACUUGAAUCGUUGGAUCUCUCAUCCAACAAAAUUGGCGGUGAAAUUCCGCAGCAGCUUGCAUCCCUCACAUUCCUUGCAAUCUUAAAUCUCUCUCAUAAUCAUCUUCUUGGAUGCAUUCCCAAAGGAAAACAAUUUGAUACAUUUGAGAACAGUUCAUACCAAGGGAAUGAUGGGUUACAUGGAUUGCCCCUCUCAAAGGAUUGUGGUGGCGAUGAUGGGGUACCGCAAGCGACAACAUUAGUUGAGCUAGAUGAUGAAGAAGAAGAAAAUUUGAUCAGUUGGCAAGAGGUUUUCAUGGGUUUCGGUUGUGGCAACAAUGAGUUGAAUGGCACAUUUCCAAGUUGGUUGGGAGGCCUUCCUGAUUUGAAGAUUUUAAGUUUGAGAUCAAAUAAGUUGCACGGCCCUACAAGUGAUUCAAGGACAGACAACUUGUUUGCUAAAAUUCGAGUAAUAGAUUUCUCAUCCAAUGGAUUCAGUGGAAAUUUACCAGUGAGCCUUUUCGAGAAUUUUCAAGCCUUAAAAAAAAUUGGUGAGAACAGUGGAACCCGAGAGUAUAUAGCAGGUGAUUAUUCUGGUAACUAUGCGAAUAUCUUGAUAGUUACAACAAAGGGACUGGAUCAGGAACUUCCUCGAGUUUUGACUACAUAUAUGAUUAUCGAUCUCUCAAGGAAUAGAUUUGUAGGUCAUAUUGCAAGCAUUAUUGGAGAUCUCGUUGAACUCCGUAUGCUAAACUUAUCUCAUAAUGGCUUGGAAGGUAUUAUACCAGCAUCGUUGCACCAAUUAUCCGUACUUGAAUCGUUGGAUCUCUCAUCCAACAAAAUAGGCGGUGAAAUUCCACAGCAGCUUGCAUCCCUCACAUUCCUUGCAGUCUUAAAUCUCUCUCAUAAUCAUCUUUGUAGACACGUGUGA